AUGUCCCAACGUAGCGCACACGGCUGGCCAGAAUGGGAGGAGAAAAAUCUUCUCCCUUGGUUGGAUGCCCAUCGGGAGCUGUCGUGGAAAGCUCUCUCCGACGCAUACUAUGAAGAAUAUCAGGUGCAUCGAAGCGUUGAAUCUUUACGAGGGAAAAAGUACCAUAUUCUGCGAAAGCAGAGUCGCACUGGCGCCAAAUCUUCCCAGAAUCGAGGCAAACCAAAGCGAGCAAGCGCUGUGCGACGCUCUGUGGUUGAUAGCGCUUCACAGUCGGGUCUUCCAGCGAAGACCCCUGCCCAAAGGAACAUCGACAAAUGUUUUCAAACAAUUCUAGCGGCCGACCCUAACCAGCCUGACGACAGCAAAAACCCAACUCAAACGAACCCUAUUUCA